CUGCGCUUCACAGCAUCCGCCUGACUCGCGACUGUUUACAAACCAGCGGUCGGACCGAGCAGGCAGAAUGGGGGAGCCCUGCGUUAACUGAACAGGUCUCCAUUAUUCCCUGUUCGGCCUGCCAUCAAAUCCUAUUCUUGCCUGAGUUUGGGCUGUGGAGAAUCGUGAGGCUGUGACAAUCCGGCUGGGUCGCAGUCAUGCAGCACCCCAACUUCGAGACCCGCCACCCACUCCAGACAGAGGAGCAGCAGGAGACGGCCUAUGACCUGCCACACAACUUCAACAGGAAUCGCAGUAGAGGCUCCCUUGACAGCAACAGUUACUCACAAUCUCAGUCUACUUUCCUGUCAUACAGGAAAGAAUGGGAUGACUUGUUCCUCAACAGUAAUUACCUGGCCAGGAUCCGGCAGGCAGGCAUCAACGGUCGACUUAGGAGCAGCCGCUUUCGCAGCGUGUGUUGGAAGUUGUACUUGGACGUUCUCCCAGAAGAUAAGAGUCAGUGGAUUAACAAGACCAAGGAGGUCCGAGCCCAGUAUGAGAAGAUCAAAAAGACGCACAUAACCAAUCCACGCAAGGCUGCAGGCCAGCAGGACUUGGUGGUCAACAACCCACUCUCCCAAGACGAGGGGAGUCUGUGGAACAAGUUCUUCCAAGAUAAGGAACUGAGGGGGAUGAUCAAACAAGACGUGAUGAGAACGUUCCCUGAGAUGCGGUACUUCCAGGAGGAGGAUGUGAGGACCAAGCUAACAGAUAUCCUAUUCUGUUAUGCCAGAGAGAAUGAGCAGUUACUUUACAAACAGGGAAUGCACGAGUUGCUGGCUCCCAUAGUGUUCGUGCUACACUGUGACCACCAGGCCUUUCAGCACGCAAGCGAGACGGCCAAUCCCAGCGAGGAGAUGAAAUGUCUGCUGAAUCCAAAGUACCAUGAACACGAUGCCUAUGCCAUGUUCUCUCAGCUGAUGGAGACAGCAGAGCCUUGGUUCUCCAAUUUUGAAAGGGAAGUCAGAAAGGGGAAGGAGGAGAUGCUGACUAGCAUCCCGUUUGCUCGGCCCCAGGACUCAGGCCCAUCAGUUGCCAUAGUGACCAAAGUCAACCGCAUCCAGGACCAGCUGGUGAAGAAGCAUGACGUUGAACUGCAUAUGCACCUCAACCGCCUGGAGAUCGCCCCUCAGAUCUAUGGCAUCCGAUGGGUGCGUCUGUUGUUUGGACGCGAGUUCCCUCUCCAGGACCUGUUAGUGGUGUGGGACGCCUUGUUUGCAGACAGUAUCACUUUGGACUUGGUGGACUACAUCUUCGUGGCUAUGCUGCUUUACAUCCGAGACGCAUUAAUAGCUAGUAACUUUCAGACCUGCCUGGGCCUGCUAAUGCACUAUCCUCCAAUAGGAGACAUCCACGCUCUGCUACACAAGGCACUGUUCCUCCGAGAUCCAAAGAACAACCCGCGACCCGUCAACUACCAGUUCCAGCAAAACCUGGACUACUACAAGACCAGAGGAGCUGACCUGGUGAACAAGACCCGCACAAGUGCCAAAACGGCCCCGCUGAACAUCAACAAGGUGUCCAGCAGCUUGCUCAACUUCGGCAGGAAGCUCAUCGCUCCAGCCAUGUCGGGAGGCUCCGGUGGCAUCUCACCAAUCAACAGCGAAGUGCUCUCCACCCCCAACCCUGCCCCAACAGCCCUGCAGAGGCCAUCAGUCGAACUCCCAUCAAGCAACACUCCCCCGCAGACCCAGAGCCUAGCUCAGUCCCAACACUACCGACUGCUGAAGUCUGAGAGCAUGCCUGUCCAUCUCAGCAAAGAUGUAGUUUCAGACGGCGUGUCACAGGUCUCAGACAGAGCCCAGACUGACACACAAGGCCAAACCUCUAGGACGGUAAGCUCCUCUCCCAGCAUAGAGAGCCUUUCCGGUGUGCAGAGCCAUGCCACUGCCUCCCCGCCCCUUCCCCCCUCCAGAGGAAGUGAUGUCAGCACUUCGUCCCCUCCCCUGUCCGCCACCAAGAAGGAGUCUUUCUUCAACAUCACCCGUUCACGCUCCCACAGCAGGACUAUGGGCAAGAAAGAGACUGAGGAAGACUUGGAAGCCCAGGUGUCCUUCCUGCAGGGCCAGAUCAAUGACCUGGAGGCCAUGAGCAAGUACUGUGCCAAGAUGAUGAACAUGCACAUCUGUAAAAUUCAGGAAGUGAUCCUUCAGGAAAACCUGGAGAAAGAAGACGAGGUCCUUGUGUCCCUGGCAGGACUCAAACAGAUCAAAGACAUCCUGAAGGGGGCGCUGCGUUUCAACCAGAGUCAGCUGGAGGCUGAGGAGAAUGAGGAGAUCACCAUCGCGGAUGACCAUUACACAUCCACAGCAGCCGCACUGCAUGCCAACAGUCAGCUUGAUGACCUGCAGCAAGACAGCAAAAGCCAGCAGCACCGAGACUCUGACCAUGAAGGGAGCAUGAGUGUGGAGGAGAAAGAGGAGGAGGAGCAGGUGGCCACACCAGAACAACAGGUGGUGUCUUCCAUUGGUUCAGAGGGCAAGAACUGGGAUGACUACAUUCUAGUCUCCCAGGAUGGAGAUCUGCAAGCUCCUGAGGGAGCAGGAGGGGGAAGAGGAGGCGGGUCAGAGCGCACCCCUCCCACCAGAAAAGAGCGUGGCUCGGUGCGCAUGGAGCCAGAGGGCAUGAUGGGGACCUUCCACGACCCCCUGAUGGUGGGCGCCACAUCAGGCACAUCCAGCCCGGAUGAGGGCUCCACCCACAGCAAAGACUCUGACUUCACAAUUGUCAACCCCAACGACCUGUGAACCGACAGGCUCUCUCUCUCUGCCUCUUUUUCUCAGUGUGGGGCACCAUUUACUCUCACCGUGUACUUAGAGGUUGGAAUGUGGGAUACUGACCUGAGAUCAGAGAGAAGAACCUGAAGUUUUAGUGGUGAGCCAGUGCAUUCACACCUGGCUUAAAAACUUGCACAUGUGGACUGAGUUACAUAGCUGGCUUGCUAAGGACAGCCAGACAGAGUCACAAGUACCUUAUAUUCUGUCGCUCAAUCCUGGCAUCUGUGUCGCCUCUCAGAUGCUUUGUCCCCUACCCGAUGCCUGUCUUCUCGUUAUACCUGUAUUUUAAUAGCAGUAUCCUCUUCCACCAGAAGAGGGAGCCAUUGGACUGACUACUUUGUGACCACACCAACACUCUCAAGAACUGGAUUUAGUUCUGCAUUUAUCAGUGGGGGGAAAACCGCACCCCUCCGACCAAUUUCACUGGACUAACCGGAGUGUAAUGCUCUGCUUCUUCUGAAUAUGGACACCCUUGCCAUACCUCUGUCUGUAAUGUCUGUCCAUGUCCUUUCAAAGGAUGAUCUCUUACCUCCAUUCAUCCUCUCAGACAGAGGAAGACAUUGCCCUUCUGCCGGUCUGUGGUGAAGGGCAAUAAUCCCCCCCGUCAUCUUCUUUCAGUGCCUCAAGCUAUUUUUUUUCCCAACGACCAGACAAACCCUGAUUCUUCCUUCUUGUCUUUGUUAGCCUUUUUUAUUUUCCAGAAAAUAUUUUAACUUGUAGAUCUGCAUUUCCUAGGUAAAAAUGAUUAAAUUAUGGAGUAAGGUCUUUUUCUUUUCUUUUUCUUUUUUUCUUUUUUUUUUUGCUUUAUUUUUUAAAUCAAUUCCAAUGUGAACAUUUUUAUGCGAUUACUAUUCAUUUCUCAUGCCAUCUGUUCCUGCUUCCUGUGGUAGCCAUGUAAAGCGUUGCUCACUCAGAAUGUCCUUCUAGCUGACCAUCCAAUAGAAUUAACUCUAGACCAAUAAAAGAACAUUGCACUUGCUA